UCUCUUACCCUAGAGGCCCGGACUCUUCGCUUCCUCUUUCCCCCUUUCUAUAAUUCCCCGUCUUUUCCAUCGUAAUUCAUGAAAGUUCGUCCUUUUCGAUUCCUGGAAAAUCCUCGUAGCUAAACGAAAGCCAGUGCUCAUCAAUUGUUCCCGUCCGAAUCUCUCCAAGCGAUGGCGGACGAAGCGAAAGCCAAAGGAAAUGCGGCGUUCUCCUCCUGCGAUUUCGUCGCCGCUGUUACCCACUUCACGGAGGCGAUUGGUCUUGCUCCGACAAACCACGUCCUCUACUCUAACCGAUCUGCGGCGUACGCCUCGCUCCACAAGUACGCAGAUGCUUUGGACGACGCGAAGAAGACGGUGGAACUCAAACCGGAUUGGCCCAAAGGGUACAGCCGUCUCGGCGCUGCGUACAUAGGGUUGAACCAGUUCAGCGAUGCGAUCGAUGCGUACAAGAAGGGUUUGCAGAUUGAUCCCAACAAUGAGACCCUCAAAUCCGGGUUAGCUGAUGCGGAAUCGGCCGCCUCUAGAUCACGCGGGUCGGCGUCGGCGAAUCCAUUCGGGGACGUGUUCCAGGGUCCGGAGAUGUGGGCGAAGUUGACGGCGGAUCCCAGCACAAGGGGUUACUUGCAGCAGCCUGAUUUCGUGAAGAUGAUGCAGGAUAUUCAGAAAAACCCUAGUAAUCUCAAUCUUUAUCUGAAGGAUCAGAGGGUGAUGCAGGCUCUUGGGGUUUUGUUGAAUGUUAAGUUCAAGGCGCCGACUGGAGAAGACACGGAGAUGCCGGAGGCGGAGUCAUCUCCGACGCCGAGGAAGGAGCCGGAGCGGGAGAAGAAGCCGGAACCUGUGCCGGAGCCAGAACCGAUGGAGUUAUCGGAGGAAGAGGAGAGGAAACAGAAAGCCCGGAAGGAGAAAGAGCUCGGAAACGCUGCUUACAAGAAGAAGGAUUUCGAGACUGCUAUUGAGCAUUACACAAAGGCUACGGAGCUCGAUGAUGAAGACAUAUCAUAUCUCACGAAUCGUGCUGCGGUUUAUCUUGAAAUGGGAAAGUAUGAUGAGUGCAUUAAAGACUGUGACAAGGCGGUGGAAAGAGGAAGAGAGCUUCGUUCUGACUUCAAGAUGGUAGCGAGGGCCCUCACUAGGAAGGGAACAGCUCUUGUAAAAUUGGCAAAGUGCUCCAAGGACUAUGAACCUGCCAUUGAAACCUUCCAGAAAGCUCUGACCGAGCACCGUAACCCAGACACUUUGAAAAAGCUGAAUGAGGCAGAGAGAGCCAAAAAGGAGUUGGAACAACAAGAAUACUUCGAUCCAAAGAUAGCUGAUGAGGAGCGUGAAAAAGGUAAUGAAUUCUUCAAGGAGCAGAAGUAUCCAGAAGCUGUGAAACACUAUACAGAAGCAGUUAAAAGAAACCCGAAUGAUCCAAGGGCAUACAGCAACAGAGCUGCAUGUUACACGAAAUUAGGAGCAUUGCCUGAAGGAUUGAAGGACGCUGAAAAGUGCAUUGAGCUAGACCCAACCUUCACGAAAGGGUACAGCCGGAAAGGAGCUGUCCAGUUCUUCAUGAAGGAGUAUGAUAAAGCCAUGGAGACAUACCAAGAAGGGCUGAAGCAUGAUCCUAAGAACCAGGAGUUGCUCGAUGGAGUCAGAAGGUGUGUGGAGCAGGUCAACAAGGCGAAUCGUGGUGAUCUGAGCCCAGAAGAAUUGAAGGAGAGACAGGCCAAGGCAAUGCAAGAUCCAGAGAUCCAGAACAUACUGUCGGAUCCAGUGAUGAGACAGGUAUUGGUUGACUUCCAAGAGAACCCAAAGGCGGCGCAAGAGCACAUGAAGAACCCCAUGGUGAUGAACAAGAUUCAGAAACUGGUCAGCGCUGGCAUUGUCCAGGUCCGUUAAUUUCGUUACCACACCAUUGUUGGUGGUGGUGGCCUUGUGAGAAUAUUUUGCCCCCGUGUUUGAAACAAGAAGACGUUGUAUUCUUCCAGUUGGGAAUGUUUGGACAAGUUUACCUUGUUAGAACUUGUGCUUGAAUUUAUAAUCUGAUCAACUGUUUAAUUA